AUGCGAGGAACGGCGCCGUCGCCGCUGCGCCGCCCAGGACAGCCAUCACGUUGCGUCGCCGUCUGCACCAGCGCCGAGGAAACCGCGCGGGAAGGAGAGACGCACGAAGGAGAGAGCGGAUUUGAGGCCGAGCUAAGGUCCAGCCACCGCGUCGGAGCCCUUUUCACGUCGCCGGCAUUGCUGUCGAGCCCUGACGCCAUUGAUGGAGGACGCCGUCGCGAGGAGAAGCGUCGCCUCGCCGUCGUUGUUGGUGAGCCCAACCGCUGCCGAUUUGGUCUGAGCGAGAGAGAGAACGCGAACAGAGGGCAAGCUGGGGAGCCACCGCUGCUGUUUGCUAUACCCACAGUGCUCCCUAUCACCUCCGCUAUCUGGAACUGCGCCGCCUUGCCUGGCUGCCGGGGAACGCCAUUUUCGUCGCCGGAAGAACACUGUUGCGGUCAUUUAAGUCGCGUAGAGGGAGAAAGAGCCAUUGGGGGUCACCGCACCUGGCCUUCGUCGCCUCUGUCACCGGAAACAGCCACCGAGUCCUCUGUUUUGGGUUGUGGAUUCGUGCUUGUAUUCUGUGCUCGGAGUUGUAGCCGCCUCGUUUUGUUAUCCGAAGCUGUUUAUGCUGCUGCAAAAAUGUGUGGGCUGUGCUUUGAAGCUGCCUUUGAUUUAGGGUGGAGGCGAAAAGGACUCGGUGAAGCGUUUGGGUUAUGAAAUUUGCGUUUUGAGGAUUUGGGCGCAGAAGUUAUGAGGAGUUUAAUUAUUUAUUAUUGAGAUGCUCUGUAGUACUUUAGAUUAUUAUUUUUGUACCCUCGCCUUUAUCUUGAUAUAUUCUGUGAGAGGGAUAGGAAUUGUACUGGAUAAUGUUUGUAAUAUUAUUUAUAUAUAUGUAUGUAUAUAUUUAUGGAUGUACUCUUUAUGAGUUUCUGUAAGUUGUAUGGUAUGUAUGGACGUACGUUGUA